GUUUGUGAUUCGACAGAAACCGAGUCGUGAUCAUCCGGUAGAGCCGUGGGUGGUUAGCCCUUAUUUACGUUCUCUCUCUCUCUCUGAGGGUGUUGUGAGUUUACCGACGGGCCAAAAGGAAUAACAUUAACCCAUUUUUUGAGAAAAACAGCCGAGCUUAGCCUGUCGACGCGCAUGAGAAGAAUAACGCGGGGACAUCCCCAGCCAGUCCGGCUCAGCGUCGCUGUUUUUCCCAGGCUAAGCUAGCAGCAGCAUUACGGGUGGGGGUGGAUUUCUUCAUCUCGGCCCUCGAAAACAGAAUAUAAAUAACGUCAAAUGCUGUGAGACUAUGCCAAGCGAGGGAAACGGAUCUCACGAAGGGGAGCUUCGUGGGGGGGAUGAAAUGUCAGCGGAGGAGGGUCGGCUGUUGGGUCAAUAAGGUGAAAAGUUGUUCAGUCUUAGCGGAGCUAGUUGAACUGAUCGAGGAAGUUGAUUAGCCACCUUCGCUAACAAAUGUAUCAACCGGAUCAAGGGUCGUUUCAAACGUCCGAGUUAAAGAUUCACACAACCAGCCCCAAUGUUUAAAGCCGAACCGCAGAAAGCCACGUAACGACGGAUUUGGCGAAGUCGGGGGUUAUAAACAAAAGGAGGUUCACGCUACGACGUCUACACUCCGAUCUCUUUGUUUCACUUCCAUCGCCGCCUUUGUGUUUACCCCACCGUCUGAGAUGGAUUUAAAGACGGCGGUGUUUAACGCAGCGAGAGACGGGAAGCUCCGUUUGCUCCAGAAGCUGCUGGAGAACAAAGAUGGGCAUGAGGUGACCAAGCUGAUGGGCGAGAAGACCAACGGGGCCACGCCGCUCCUGAUGGCCGCCCGCUACGGCCACCUGGACCUGGUGGAGUACCUGUUGGAGUGCUGCUGUGCCCCCGUGGAGAUCGGGGGCUCGGUGAACUUUGACGGGGAGACCAUUGAGGGGGCGCCUCCUCUAUGGGCCGCCUCGGCCGCGGGACACCUGAAAGUGGUCCAGUCCCUGCUGGGUCACGGGGCUUCCGUCAACAGCACCACCCUCACAAACUCUACCCCGCUGAGGGCCGCCUGCUUCGACGGGCAUCUGGACAUUGUCAGAUAUCUGGUGGAGCACAAAGCUGACUUGGAGGUCGCCAACAGACACGGGCACACGUGUCUGAUGAUCUCCUGCUACAAAGGACACAAGGAGAUAGCUCAGUAUCUGCUGGAGAAAGGUGCAGAUGUCAAUAGGAAAAGUGUAAAAGGCAACACGGCGCUUCACGACUGUGCCGAGUCGGGCAGCCUGGAGAUCAUGCGAAUGUUGCUGCAGUACGGCGCGAGCAUGGAGCAGGAUGGGUAUGGCAUGACCCCCCUGCUGUCUGCCAGUGUCACAGGCCACACGAACAUCGUAGACUACCUGACGACACACCCGCAGACAAGUCACACAGAGCGAAUCGAUGCCUUGGAGCUGUUGGGAGCAACGUUUGUAGACAAAAAGAGGGAUCUGCUUGGAGCUUUGAAGUACUGGAAGAGAGCUAUGGACCUCCGAUACCUGGACAGUAACAACGUGGUUCAGAAACCAGAACCCAAGCAGCUGGUCAUGGCGUAUGAUUAUGCCAGAGAGGUUACAAAUGGUGAGGAGCUGGACGGACUGAUAUCUGACCCAGAUGAGAUGCGCAUGCAGGCUCUACUGAUCCGCGAGCGAAUCCUCGGGCCGCAGCACCCAGACACUUCCUAUUACAUUCGUUACCGUGGCGCUGUCUAUGCUGAUUCUGGAAACUUUGAGCGCUGCAUCAACUUGUGGAAGUACGCCCUGGAAAUGCAGCAGACAAACCUGGAGCCCCUCAGCCCCAUGACGACCUCCAGCCUGCUGUCGUUCGCCGAGCUCUUCUCCUUCAUGCUGCAGGACCGGGCCAAAGGCCUCCUGGGGACGUCUGUGUCUUUUGAGGACUUGAUGGGAAUUCUGUCAAAGAGCGUUCUGGAGAUCGAGCGAGCAGUGAAGCAACGCGGGCCGAUGCCGCCUGAGCCCAUUCAGCUCAGCAAGGCGCUCUCAAUCAUCCUGCAUCUAAUUUGUCUUUUAGAGAAGGUGCCGUGUACCGCAGAGCAGGAUCAUUUCAAGAAGGAAACAAUUUACAGGUUCCUGAAGCUCCACCCGUGUGGGAAAAACGGCUACAGCCCUCUACACCUGGCAGUGGACCGCAACACCACCUGCGUGGGUCGCUAUCCCGUCUGCAAGUUCCCCUCCCUCACGGUGGCUUCGGUUCUCCUGGAGUGCGGGGCAGAUGUCAACAGCCGGGAUGAAGAUGACAACAGCCCCCUCCACAUAGCUGCGUCUAACGGCCACCCCGACAUCAUGAACCUGCUGAUUUCCUCCGGGACCCACUUCGACAGCACCAACGCCUUCCAGCAAACCGCCUGCGACCUCCUGGCCGAGAAGGAGCUGGCAAGAAAUGUCAUCCAGCCCAUCAACCACACCACGCUGCAGUGCCUUGCUGCCAGGGCUAUCAUCAAGCACAGCCUGGACUACCGGGGAAACAUUCCCGAGAAGCUGGAAGCCUUCGUCCUGCUGCACAGAUAAUGAUCGUCAAAGGGGAGGACUGUGACGACGCUGGGCUGACCGAACGCAUCCAGGAGCUUUACAGCUCCCACGAGGAGCUUAACGAGCACCGUUAUGAGAGGUGAAAACGGCGAGUAUGAACUUGGAUGAAUCACAUGCACGAAAUGUCUCCAUUUAUCCCGUAAGAGUUUAAAAAUGAUCGGUUGAAACGGAGUGGCCGCAGCAUCGACCGACGCGGCUGUAUUAAAAACGCAUCGCAACACGGCAAACAUUUUGUAUUUCUGAAUGACCCGAUUACAGGGAUUCACAUGUUUUUGCUUGAGGGAUUUAUUUUUUUUUUCAUAUUCCACCAAACUAUUUAUUGAAUGAAACUUGAGAGAUUUUUCUCCAUGCUGGCUUAAAUAAAGCGCCUGCUCCUCCUCUGUCUACGCAGCCUCCAGGUAUCUCUGCAAAUGCUGGAACUUCAGGUUACUCCUAGUGUUAUUUUUUAGGAUUAUUUUUGGUCGCCCCAUCACAGUUGCCAACAGUUUUGGACCCUUCAUCAUUUUUUUUCUACAGUGCAAUUUAUUUGUCUGUUCAUAAAAAUCUGGAUAUCUGCCAAGUGGAGUCGUUUAUCCAAACCUGUUUUUUUUUCUGCAAUUUAUUGUACAACAAAGCUUUAUGAGAGGGGUUAAUGUCUGCAAACACCAUAAGUGCUUUAUUCUUCCUAUGCACAGGCUGCGCUGUUGGAGAACAAACAAAAGAGACUGUUGUAUUCUGUGCCGGCUCUAGUCUGUGCAAUAUCUCAUGAGUUUUUGUGUUUACCUCAUUGCCGCCGCUUCCUUCGGGUGGGCGCGAACCCAUUAAACCAGUGUUGGAAGAUGAGCAAAUGAAUUUGAGUGAGUGUGUGUGUGUGGAAAAAGUGAAGCUGUGUGUUUGUUUUUUUUUAAUGAGUUUACUCAAACUGAGGACAGGAGUUGAGUGUUGUGGUGCUCGCUCAUGAAGAUUCCGUACUGCACGACUGAGUAGAAAGCCGCGCAGCAGUGAGGGAGUGCAGGCGUGUGCAAACGUGACCUCUCCUCACCGUUCAGAAAAUGAGCUGACCUUCAAACAGCGCCGCUCUUUAGUAGUCAAAAAUGAAAACGUCUUGGUAGCUUGCCAACGUUCGCCCACCAUGUUGGAGACCUUUUCAAGACAACUCCUUCUGGACUCCAGACCACAGGUUGGGGGGGGGGGGGGGGGGGGGGGCUUCGUCACUCACAAAUGAGAACAGUAGUGAAGCUUUGUGUGUUUUCAUGUUUGCACAUCAGCUUUAGAUGUGCGGGGCUGAACAAAAAAGGGCUUUUUUCAUCAUUUGUAGGAUUUAAUUUUCCAGUUCAACAGCAGAAAGAUAAUGUACAGGAACACCCAGGGCAACUUGAUAUGAACCUGCACUUUACUACAGCGGAGAUUAAGAUUUGAUAUGGCAUUAAUUAAUCAAGUUCAUGUCUUAAUUGCCAGUUUGACAAUAAAACCGUGUUGCACUUGUCUCUUUGA